ACUUUUCUGAAACAAUACACUUGUUGUUUUUCAGUGUCUGGAGGUGAAGGAGAGGCUCCCCUUGCAGAUACCCAAGCGCCUCCCAGCCCCCCUGAGCUGAGGAUGGUGCUGCUUGGGAAGACUGGGGCUGGGAAGAGUGCAGCAGGAAACACCAUCCUGGGCAGAGAGGAGUUCAGAUCUGAAGCCAGCUCCUCUGCAGUAACGAGGGAGUGUGAGAAGAGAAAAGGACAAGUGGCUGGGAGACGUGUUGCUGUGAUCGACACUCCAGAGCUCUCUCAGGACAAACUCCAGAUUAGGAGCUGUGUUUCUCUGUCUGCCCCGGGACCCCAUGCUUUCCUCCUGGUGAUACCGGUGGGCCGAUUCACAGAGGAAGAGAGGAGAGCAGUGGAGACAGUCCAGGAGAUAUUCAGUGAGGAGGAUGUGAGGAGGCACAUGAUGCUGCUUUUCACACACAGUGACAAACUGAAAGGCAAGACCAUUGAGGAUUAUAUUCAGACAGGCAGCAAGGAGCUCCAGCAGCUUGUUGAGAAAUGUGGGAAAUGUGAGGACAGGAGUGAUCGCACUCAGGUCACACAGCUCCUGGACAAGAUAGACAACAUGGUGAAGGGAAACAACGGCAGCUAUUACACCAGUGAGAUGUACCAGCAAGCAGAAGCAAAGAUCAGACAAAGACAAGAGGAGAUACUGAAGGAGAAGGAAGAGACGAUACUGAGGGAGGAAGAGGAACUGAGGGCAAAGCACCUGAAAGAACUGGAGAACAUGGAAAGGAAGAUGAGAUUGGAAAUCCAGAAACGAGACGAGAAGAUCAGAGAGCUGGAGGAGAGGAUAGGAGAGCUGGAGGAAGAGCUGUGGAAAGAACAGGGAGAGAAUCACAGGAUCAAACUGGAGGAAGAGCUGAGGGGAAAGAGAGAGGAGAGAGAAAGGGCGGAGCGAGAGAAGGAGGAGUGCAUGGAGAAGGGGGAGAGAGAGAGGGGAGAGUACGAGGAGAAACACAGGAGAGAGAUAGAGGCGAUCAGGCAACGCUACCAGGAAAUCAUUAGACCAGAAGCAGAGAGAGCCAAUGAGUUUAUAAGCAGAUAUGAAAAGCCAGCUGAAGCGAGAGGAGAAAGGGCAGCACUAGGGGCAGUGUUGAGUACAGUAGCAGGAGCACUGAGAGAAGGGGCUGAGGUAGGGGCAGUAUUACACACAGUAUCCAGAGCAAUAAGAGAAGAGACAUCACUAGGGGCAGUAAUGCACGCUGCAAAGGAAGCAGUUACAAAAGGGGCAAAAGAAAAGGCCAUUAAACAUGCAGUAGCAGGAGCACUGAGUGAAGGGGCUGUGAUCGGGACAGUAUUGCACACAGUAGCAGAAGCAAUAGAGGCAGCACCACAGGAACCUAGUCAAGAGCAGACAGAUUGUCCACAUGCGCAGAUCCUGUCUGGAAGGUAUUCUGUUCACCUGGCAUCUAGCCUGAUCAAGCUCCAUUUGGACUCCAGCGCCAUUGUCUUCACUAGGGAGCAGAAGAAGGGAGAGAUGGCGGCCGCCGGUUCAGACCCUGGGCGGGGAAUCAUGGCUGCAGAACAAGAGGCUGAAGAAACUGUUUCUCAAGAGCUGCACAGCCCCUCUGAGCUGAGGAUCGUGCUGAUUGGGAGAUGCUUGACUGGAAAGAGUACAGCAGGUAACAUCAUCCUGAACAGAGAGGAGGGUAGAUCUGGAUUCAUCACCUCUGAAGUAACGGAGGAAUGUGAGAACAGAACAGGAGAAGUGUCUGGGAGACGGGUCACUGUGGUCGACACUCCAGACUUGUUAGACACAGACCGGGUCGAGAUUGAGAGAUGUGUUUCUCUGUCUGCCCCGGGACCCCACGCUUUCCUCCUGGUGAUGCAGGUGUAUACAAAAAAAUCUAUUGUCACUCACCGUGAGACUGUAGUAAAAAACUAUUGCAAAGCCUUUGAUAAAGUGCAGGAGCUGUUUGGUGAGAGAGCUGUGAGGAACAUGAUGAUCCUUUUCACCUGCGGGGAUGAUCUGAGAGGCAGGACGAUUGAGCAGCACAUUGAGGAAGCUGGUGAGGAGCUCCAGCAGCUUGUUGAGAAAUGUGGGAACAGGUGUCAUGUUCUCAACAAUGAGGACAGGAGCGAUGGCACUCAGGUCACACAGCUCCUGGACAAGAUAGACAACAUGGUGAAGGGAAGUGGAGGCUGCUACCUCCCAAAUGAGAUUUACCAGGAGGUAGAAGAAAGGAUUAGACUAAAGGAACAGGAGCUAAAUGAGAAACACAAAGAGGAACGUAGCAGCAAAGAAAAGGAGAUGAAACAGAAAUAUGAAGAGGAACAGAGGAGGAGAGAAGAGGAGCUGAUGGAGAAGUUGAGGAAGCAAAUGAAGGAAGAAGAGCUGGAGAAAGAGCCAGAGGAAUCCAAGCUACCUGUCAGGAGAAGGAAUAGCAAUGAAGGAUUACCCCCCACCAGGCGGGGAAUCAUGGCUGCAGAACAAGAGGCUGAAGAAACUGUUUCUCAAGAGCUGCACAGUGCCUCUGAGCUGAGGAUCGUGCUGCUUGGGAGAGAGAGGGUUGGCAAGAGUGCAUCAGGGAACACCAUACUGGGCAGAGAGGAGUUCAGAUCUGGAUUCAUGGCCUCUACAAGAACGAAGAAGGGAACAGGGGAAGUGUCUGGGAGACGGGUCACUGUGGUCGACACUCCAGAGAUCUUCAAAACAAACCGGGACGAGAUUGAGAGAUGUGUUUCUCUGUCUGCCCCGGGACCCCACGCUUUCCUCCUGGUGAUACCAGUAAAAAAAAAAAAAACUCAAUGGAGGCAAUCUGUAGUAAAACAUCUUGGCGGAGGCCUUAAUAAAGUGCAGGAGCUGUUUGGUGAGAGAGCUGUGAGGAACACGAUGAUCCUUUUCACCUUCGGGGAUCGUCUGAAAGGCAGGACGAUUGAGCAGCACAUUGAGAAAGCUGGUGAGAAGCUCCAGCAGCUUUUUGAGAAAUGUGGGAACAGGUAUCAUGUUCUCAACAAUAAGAACAGGAGCGAUCGCACUCAGGUCACACAGCUCCUGGACAAGAUAGACAACAUGGUGAAGGGAAGUGGAGGCUGCUACCUCCCAAUAUCAUCUGAAAUUUACCAGGAGGUAGAAGAAAGGAUUAGACUAAAGGAACAGGAGCUGAAUGAGAAACACAAAGAGGAACUGAGCAGGAUAGAAGAUGAGAUGAAACAGAAAUAUGAGGAGGAACAGAGGAGGAGAGAAGAGAAGAAACAGAAAUAUGAAGAGGAACAGAGGAGGAGAGAAGAGGAGAUGAAACAGAAAUAUGAGGAGGAACAGAGGAGGAGAGAAGAGGAGAUGAAACAGAAAUAUGAGGAGGAACAGAGGAGGAGAGAAGAGGAGAUGAAACAGAAAUAUGAGGAGGAACAGAGGAGGAGAGAAGAGAUGAAACAGAAAUAUGAGGAGGAACAGAGGAGGAGAGAAGAGAUGAAACAGAAAUAUGAGGAGGAACAGAGGAGGAGAGAAGAGAUGAAACAGAAAUAUGAGGAGGAACAGAGGAGGAGAGAAGAGAUGAAACAGAAAUAUGAAGAGGAACAGAGGAGGAGAGAAGAGAUGAAACAGAAAUAUGAGGAGGAACAGAGGAGGAGAGAAGAGGAGCUGAUGGAGAAGUUGAGGAAGCAAAUGAAGGAAGAGGAGCUGGAGAAAGAGGCAGAGGAACCCAAGCUGCCUGUCAGGAGAAGGAACAGCAUUGAGGGCUUACCCCCCGACUUGUCUGGAGGUGAAGGAGAGGCUCCCCUUGCAGAUACCCAAGCGCCUCCCAGCCCCCCUGAGCUGAGGAUGGUGCUGCUUGGGAAGACUGGGGCUGGGAAGAGUGCAGCAGGAAACACCAUCCUGGGCAGAGAGGAGUUCAGAUCUGAAGCCAGCUCCUCUGCAGUAACGAGGGAGUGUGAGAAGAGAAAAGGACAAGUGGCUGGGAGACGUGUUGCUGUGAUCAACACUCCAGAGCUCUCUCAGGACAAACUCCAGAUUAGGAGCUGUGUUUCUCUGUCUGCCCUGGGACCCCAUGACAAAAGCUGCUCCACCAGUGAGGGGAAAGAAAGGGCCAGAAAUGUGAGGAUAAGGAAGAAGAGAGAUGAGCAGAUUGACAGGGUGGGGUAUGAAAAGAGCAAACUGCUAAAGGAGAGGCCAGGAGAGCUGGAGCUACAACUGAAGCUGAGGAGAGAGAUGGAGAGAUCCAGAGUGCUGGAGAGGGAGCUGAAGAGAGCACAAGAGGCAGAGCAAGAGCUGAAGAAAGAGAGAAAGAAAAUGAGCGAGCUGGAGGAGAAGCUGGAGCGGAGGAGGGUGAAAUCCAGAGUGCUGGAAUGGGAGAGAAAGGAGAGAGAAAAGGUAGAGCUGAAGAGGGAAAAAGGGAAUAAGCAAAGGAUUGGAGACAGCGCCACCGACCCUGUAUUGCACAUGUGCGAGAGAGCGACGAUUGAGAAGACUUUGGACUCCAGCGCCAUUGUCUUCACUAGGGAGCAGAAGAAGGGAGAGAUGGCGGCCGCCGGUUCAGACCCUGGGCGGGGAGUCAUGGCUGCAGAACAAGAGGCUGAAGAAACUGUUUCUCAAGAGCUGCACAGCGCCUCUGAGCUGAGGAUCGUGCUGCUUGGGGGAGGGAAGACUGGGAAGAGUGUAGCAGGGAACAUCCUGGGCAGAAAGGAGUUUAAAUCUGGAUUCCUGGCCUCUGCAAAAACAAAGAAAGAGUGCGAGAAGAGAACAGGGGAAGUGUCUGGGAGACGGGUCACUGUGGUCGACACUCCAGACUUGUUACACACAGACCGGGUCGAGAUUGAGAGAUGUGUUUCUCUGUCUGCCCCGGGACCCCACGCUUUCCUCCUGCUGAUACCAGUAAAAAAAAAAAAAACUCAAUGGAGGCAAUCUGCAGUAAAACACCUUGGCGAAGGCCUUAAUAAACUCCAGGAGCUGUUUGGUGAGAGAGCUGUGAGGAACACGAUGAUCCUUUUCACCCACGGGGAUGUUCUGACAGGCAGGACGAUUGAGCAGCACAUUGAGGAAGCUGGUGAGGAGCUACAGCAGCUUGUUGAGAAAUGUGGGAACAGGUAUCAUGUUCUCAACAAUAAGAACAGGAGCGAUCGCACUCAGGUCACACAGCUCCUGGACAAGAUAGACAGCAUGGUGAAGGGAAGUGGAGGCUGCUUUUACAAGAGUGAGAUGUACCUGGAGGUGAAGGAACAGGAGCUGAAUGAUAAACACAAAGAGGAACUGAGCAGGAAAGAAAAGGAGAUAAAACAGAAAUAUGAGGAGGAACAGAGGAUGAGAGAAGAGGAGAUGAAAGAGAAAUAUGAGGAGGAACAGAGGAGAGAAGAGGAGAUGAAACAGAAAUAUGAGGAGGAACAGAGGAGGAGAGAAGAGGAGAUGAAACAGAAAUAUGAGGAGGAACAGAGGAGGAGAGAAGAGGAGAUGAAACAGAAAUAUGAGGAGGAACAGAGGACGAGAGAAGAGGAGAUGAAACAGAAAUAUGAGGAGGAACAGAGGAGGAGAGAAGAGGAGCUGAUGGAGAAGUUAAGGAAGCAAAUGAAGGAAGAGGAGCUGGAGAAAGAGGCAGAGGAAUCCAAGCUGCCUGUCAGGAGAAGACACAGCAAGGAGCUCAUCAACCCCACCAGGCGGGGAAUCAUGGCUGCAGAACAAGAGGCUGAAGAAACUGUUUCUCAAGAGCUGCACAGCGCCUCUGAGCUGAGGAUCGUGCUGCUUGGGGGACGCUUGACUGGAAAGAGUACAGCAGGAAACACCAUCCUGGGCAGAGAGGAGUUUAGAUCUGGAUUUAGCUCCUCUGCAGGAACAAAAGAGUGCGAGAAGAGAACAGGAGAAGUGUCUGGGAGACGGGUCACUGUGGUCGACACGCCACGCUGGUUUCACACAGACCGGGUCGAGUUUGAGAGAUGUGUUUCUCUGUCUGCCCCGGGACCCCACGCUUUCCUCCUGGUGAUACCCGUGUAUGAAAAAGAAGUGAUGGACACUCUCCGUGAGUCUAUAGUAAAAUGGUGUUGCGAAGCCUUUGAUAAAGUCCAGGGGGUGUUUGGUGAGAGAGCUGUAAGGAACACGAUGGUCCUUUUCACCCGCGGGGAUUAUCUGGAAGGCAGGACGAUUGAGCAGCACAUUGAGGAAGCUGGUGAGGAGCUACAGCAGCUUGUUGAGAAAUGUGGGAACAGGUAUCAUGUUCUGAACACUGAGGACAGGAGCGAUCGCACUCAGGUCACACAGCUCCUGGACAAGAUAGACAGCAUGGUGAAGGGAAGUGGAGGCUGCUACACCAUGGAGAUGUACCUGGAAGAGAAAAUUAGUCAAAAGGAACAGGAGCUUAAAGAGAUGAAACAGAAAUAUGUGGAGGAACAGAAGAGGAGAGAAGAGGAGCUGACGGAGAAGUUGAGGAAGCAAAUGAAGGAAGAGGCGCUGGAGAAAGAGGCAGAGGAGUCCAAGCUGCCUGUCAGGAGAAGGAAAAGCAAUGAAUUGCGCCCUCCCAACAUGUCUGGAGGUGAAGGAGAGGCUCCCCUUGCAGAUAACCAAGCGCCUCCCUGCCCCCCUGAGCUGAGGAUGGUGCUGCUUGGGAAAACUGGGGCUGGGAAGAGUGCAGCAGGAAACAACAUCCUGGACGGAGAUGAAUUUAGAUCUGGAUUCAGCUCCUCUGAAGUAACGAGGGAGUGUGAGAAGAGAACAGGAGAAGUGUCUGGGAGACGGGUCACUGUGGUCGACACUCCAGACUUGUUAGACACAGACCGGGUCGAGAUUGAGAGAUGUGUUUCUCUGUCUGCCCCGGGACCCCACGCUUUCCUCCUGGUGAUACCGGUGCACAACCAAAUACAUAAAUGGAUUCCAUGGCAGAAAACUGAAGUAAAAAACCUUUGCAAAGCCCUUAAUAAAGUGCAUGGGGUUUUUGGUGAGAGAGCUGUGAGGAACACGAUGAUACUUUUCACCUGGGGGGAUCAUCUGAGAGGCAGGAAGAUUGAGCAGUACAUUGAGGAAGCUGGUGAGGAGUUCCAGCAGCUUGUUGGGAAAUGUGGGAACAGGUAUCAUGUUCUCAGCAAUGAGGACAGGAGCGAUCGCACUCAGGUCACACAGCUCCUGGACAAGAUAGACAACAUGGUGAAGGGAAACAACGGCAGCUACUACACCAGUGAGAUGUACCAGCAAGCAGAAGAAAGGGCCGGAGAAGUGAGGAUAGGGAAGAAGAGAGAUGAGCAGAUUGACGGGGUGGGGUAUGAAAAGAGCAAACUGCUAAAGGAGAGGCCAGGAGAGCUGGAGCUACAACUGGAGCUGAGGAGAGAGAGGGAGAGAUCCAGAGUGCUGGAGAGGGAGUUGAAGAGAGCACAAGAGGGGGAGCAAGAGCUGAAGAAAGAGAGGGAGGAAAGAAGAGAGCUGGAGCGGAGGAGAGAGAGAGAGCAUACAGAAAAGGGGGAGUUGAAGAGGGAAAAAGAGGGGAGGAAAAGAAAACAAAAAAUGAUUGUUAAAGUUGAAUUCGAAGACCAGGAGGAUUAGGAGCAGUGUUCUAAGAUAUACAUCACUGAAAAAGCCACAGUACAAUACAAUGCAUUUACCUAAUGAUGCAUCAGCUCAGGUUACUUCAAUGAGUCUCUUUCCUAGGUCUUGUGAAGGAAAAACAAACCAUUUAUAAUGUAUUUAAAUUUAAAAAAUCCUUUCUAAGCAGACAUUUUAUUAAAGUAACAUUUUCUUUGACAAAAGAAACCUAAAAUAUUUCCUGCGAGCCUGUGUUUUCUACCUAAGAGCUUCAGGAAUGGUUCUUACAAGCCUGCUGUUAUCCUUCCAGGAAGGGAGACAAUUCAAACACGUUCAAACAGAACAACAUCUAACUGAUAGAACAGCCAGGGCACCAGAUUCUUAUCACAGCAGAUGUUGGUUUGUGACAUCCAGCUGUGGUAGACCAAGGCCAUUGAGUAAAAAACAAACGUCUCAAAUGGCGACAUGUGUCUCACUUCAUCCGACAGCAAAGGAAAAGCAGAUUCCUGGCUUCAGCUAGAGAUAGAAUAGGUAGAGGGCGACCCCUUGUGGAAGAAGCACGAAGGACAUGUUACCAGCAGUGCUUAUGAGAAAAGACAAAUUACAACUAAAGAAACUGAGAACAUUUUUACAACAUCUUGAUUUAAAAAUCACUAUGAGCACAAAAUAUGAGAAUUUCACUCUCAUAUCCCCUACAAACCCAAAAUAUCACUGCCAGCAAAUUUGCUAGGAAAGACUCCAAACAAGAGCACACCCCGAUAUAUCUAGUAUGUAAAGAAAGGAAAUUGCUUCAAGGAAACGUGACAGAAAUGUGGAAUAAACUAUAAAAUACCCAGCAAGAGUUAUAUCCUUUCAAAAGGUUUUCAUUCUUGACUUUUAUAAAUCGCUAAAGAUGCAUUGACUAUAAGCACUGUUAACAGGACAGGGUUAAAUACAUUUUUUAUAAUGUUUUAUUGUAGUUUUAACUUGAGUUUUCUUUACGUAUUACUUCAGUUUUGGUAUUAUGUUAGUAUUAGUUUUUAGCCAGUGUCAUGUUGAUGUAAAGUAUAACAGUGUAAUUGUUUAAUCGCUGAGUAAAUGACGUGUAUUCGAUUAUUCAAAUACACUGAAAUGACCAUCACUAAACGUGCAUGACAUAUUUGGUGUAAGUUUUGAUGUUUUGUGAUUAAGUAUAUUAUGUAACUUCUGAUUAAAUAAAAUAAUUUUAAAAUUUCAA